GCUAGUCUGAGUCUAUAACAGGGAAAACCUAAGAAACAAGUUUCUUGUCAUUUGCGGACGGUGAUGCACGAGGCUGCGAAGAAAUGGUGAAAAUAUCGAUAGUGAAGGUGGAGAACCCGUCUUGCCUCUGGGGUCGGGUUUUUGGCGGAAGUGGAGAAACCACAGAGGAUUAUGCUGAUCUCCAGACACAGAUGAACCUCUUCUACCAUGAUGUCACUCAGGACCUUCACAGCCUGAAACCUGCAUCAUUUGAAGAAGGACAGGUGUACGUGGUAUACUGGGCCCUAAAGAAGUCCUGGUGUCGUGCUGUGGUUCUUUCCAUCAUCAGGGACCCGACAUGCCUUCAGACCCUCUGUUUCCUGGUUGAUCAUGGAGAAGUUACUGUGGUUCCCUCUGAAAAUAUGAGGGUAGCAUCAGAGAAGUUCCUCAAGCUUCCUUUCUGGGUAAGGAAGUUCCAUCUGUCCAGAGUUCAACCAACAACCCUGCGGGUGUCUUUCUUUGCAGAAAAAUCCGAACUCAAACCUUCAGCUCAGUGGGACUGCUCUGCUACGCUGUACCUGCACAACUUGCUCCAAGCUUCUGUCCAAACAGAAGUGGUGCUGCAUGAGUGGGAGUCAGAGUCUACUGCCAUUGAGCUCUUUGUGACCAUCGGCAACAUCAAGAUCUGUGUGAACGAUGACCUGGUGGCCAAAAAGUUUGCUUAUUACAGCAGCAGUGGCCUGGACGCCUGCGACAGAGCCCCUCUUCCCUGUUCCUAUAGCAUCCUGACUCCGACCCUUUCAAAGUGCUCCCACAAGCAGACAGAGCAGAAUCUACGUUCUCCGGGUGACCAUGGAGCUGAGAGCUACAGUUGGCCAGCUGUGGCUCGUGGUUGCAACACAUUUAUUAUUUCUCAGAAUGCUGAUCAGCCUCUUGGUUACCUCGUCCCUCUUCUCACCCAUCUCCUGCUGAACUCCGUCCACGUGUCCCACGCCUCCAGUUCAGGACCGAUAGCGGUGCUGCUGUGUCCAGGCUGGGAGAAGGCGCAGCUAGUUUACGACCUGCUGGAGGAGACCAACGUUUCUCAGACCCUUCACCCACUUAUCAUGUUGGUGGGCAUUGGCAAAGAUCAAGCCAAGGAUGUAAAAAUCCCUAAAAACUGCCUGCUGUUGGUGACCACCCCUUUCAGUUUCGUCCGUUUGCUGUCUUCUCACUGCUUUCUGUUUUUGCGGCUUUACCAUCUACUGUUGGACGAAGCUGACGAACUCUUCACUCGUGCUCCUGAUCAGAUGGAAUCCAUCCUACAGCAUUUUCAGAAGGUGACAUCCAGAGUAGAGAAAGGAUCCUGUCCUCGGCAGCUGAUUGCUGCAGCCAGAAGAUGGAGCAGUCCAAUGGAGAAGCUAAUCUCCUGUCACAUGCCCAACCCUUACAUUGUCAUAAGUGUCCUGGAGGAAGCUGCGCUCUACGGCAAUAUUCAGCAGGUCGUCCUAAUGACUCCUGAGAACAACAAGAUAUCUGUACUUUUGGACGCCUUGGAUUUCUGUCCUGAUGUUGGACAGAAGACACUGAUUGUGGCAAACUCUGCUCAGGAGGUUGAAGAUGUGUUUCAGGCUCUCAGCAGCCAAUCAGCAUUCUGCCUCAAGGUCCACGAGGGAUUGCUGGACCAGCUGGACUUUGUCCUCCAGCAGUGGAAGAAAACCAUUGGCCCUCGCACUCAUAUUGUUCUCGUGAGCACCAGUGAGUGUUUGAAGGGUCUUGGCAUCAGAGAUGCAUCUUGUGUCGUCCAUUUUGGAUUUCCAUCCUCGCCCAGACUGUUUGGCAGCAGACUUUUCUGUAUGGUAGAAAAUUUCCAAAAUCUAUCUGUACAAGUUUUGCCUCUUUACAUAAAGACAGCAUCUGUCUAUUAUGGUCGUUUGGUGAAUUCCAGCGAUGAAGGAUUUGAAUCGAUGGCUUCUGAGAUAAACUCGUAUUAUGCCGACACAAAGCCAGGAGCCAAGGAGCUGCUGCAGGGGGCUUUAUAUGCUGUGCAAGAGGACGGGGUCUUCCACAGGGUGAAGAUCCUGUCGGUACCUGACCCCGGUGAGAGCCUGUUUAACAGCAUCUCUGUUCGGUUCGUUGAUAUCGGAAAGGAAGUGGAGGUCAAAUCCUAUCAGGUCCUCGAGCUCCCAGAGCAGUUUCAUUCUCUGCCCCACCAAGCUGUAGAGAUAGUGGUGUGUGGGGUAAAGCCAGUCGAUGCUGAGAUGGAGUGGCAUCCAAAGGUCACAAGAGCCAUCAGCCAGAAAAUCCGGGGUCUGCAGCAUCAAGCAAGAGUUGUUCUGAGCCUGGGAAACACGCUUUUUGUCCAUCACAUGGUGCGGGUUACUAAGAUGGCAGGCACCAGAGCCCUCAUCAAUGAGUACAGCCUUCAGUCUGAGAUCCUGAAGACCGGGAUGGGAGUUAGCAACCCCGAGCAUCUGGAUGUACUAAGAGAACUACUUCAGGAUAGUGUGGUCAACCAAACCAAGGAUGGAGGUCCCACUAACGGGUAG